GGAGAUCGUUACUUGUCUCCCAGCAACAAGGAAACAAGCGCAUGCGCAGUACUUUAUCGCUGGAGCCGUCGCAGCAGGGCAGUAGAAACACCAUGGAUCUAUUGUAAUCAUGAAAACACGGCACUCCAAGAAAUGCUGGGAAGUACAUUUCUAAGCAAUCGACAACAUGCUGGACUGCAGAAGCUCUCAGCGCUGGCAGGAAUCACGCAUUCCUCCUUGGGCCCCAAUAAAAAGUACAAGUUUAUCCAAGAUGACACGAGUGGGGAGUCGACUCUUGUGUGCUCGUGUUUUCGCAUCUUGGAGAGCCUGCAGCUGACCUGCGCAGUGGGUCAGCUGGUUUAUGAGACCAUUCAAGCCCACCAGAAGGUCUAUCAUACAGGGUCGGGAUGCCUGCUGUUUCUCGCAGGAGUGUGGAGUCGCGCUGCUCUGGAGUGCCUUCACAGAGGGAUCUCAGUAGCACACAUCAUCUCGGCUAUGUCCGAAGGCUUGGGUAUAUGCUUGGAUGUUUGCAGGAAGAACAGCAUCUCAACGGAGAGUCUUUGUGUGGCUAAAUCUGAGAGCGGCACUGCAACAUCACAUGGUUUAGGACUUCACCUGUCAAAGAAACCUAUUGUAGAGGCCUCACAGGCAUCGGGCCACAUGCAAGGGACAACAAAAGUUGCUCAAAAGACGUUAAAUGGCAGUGGACCCAGGAAAAUAAAGCUCAGCAGACAUUUUUGUGAGGCCAAGUCUGAAAAUGUCUCAACAGUACUGCAGCCUACGCAUCCUGACAUUACACACAUUUCUGAGAGACUGAGUCAUGGCUGUGUGGAUGCAAUGAACUUAGUGGUGGAAGCGAGCCGAAUACAGUCCAAAUGUAAUCAGCAAAAUAUCAGCUGUUCCACUUUUGACGUCAGCAAAGUGGUGACUUGCGUGCUACCUGGUUUACCAGAAGAGAUGGCUUGUGUUUUACCAGGCUGCAUUGUUCCCUUGUCGGCUGAACAGGCUUUAGUUGCACAUCACUUGAAAGAACGGCACCUGAAGGUUGCUCUGAUUACUGGAGAUUUAUCAGAUACCUAUCGCCAUCUUGGCUUUAAUAGGCCAACAGGUAUACAGUGUGUGAGUGACCAUCCGGAUUUGUCAGGUUCAAGCAAAGAGGAAGAGUGGAUGGAAAAGUUUUCAACUCUCCUGUUGAAGUUAGAAGUGAACUUGAUAUUAGUUAGUGGGGUUGUGAGUGAGAGAGUGAUUCUACGCUGUUGUAGACGUCAUAUACUUGUUGUGGAAAAAGUCAAAGUUUCCAUUUUGAAGGCAUUCGCUGAUACAACAGGAGCUGUUCCGUUGACUUACGCAAGACAGUUGAGUAAGCACUGUGUUGGUAGUGGGGCAAAGAUUGAGAUAUGGAAUGACCUCGGCAGUCAUGAUAGGAAGGUCUCAACAACUGUGAAUAUUUCCUCUGGCGAGAACAGCGAGUUAGUCACAGUGAUCCUCACAAGCUGCGUACACGGCAAGCUGCGAGCCCUGGAGGACCAGUUUUGGGCAUGUGCUUAUCGUUUACACCACAUGCUGAAAGACAAAGUUCUCCUGCCUGGUGCUGGAGUGACAGAAAUUCUUUGUAUUCAUCACCUUCAAAAGCAAGCGAGGCAUCAUCUCAGGCAUCACAGAGGGCAUGUCCAGCAUACCAAAGCGGGAACGACAGCUAAUCCGUACAGGGGUGUAGUGUUGCACCUCAUGGCAGAUGGUUUAAUAGACUACAUAUCCACUAUAAUGGUUAACACUGGAAGGUUUUCAAAAGUCAAUGCCAGGACUGCAGUGAAUCAGCAACUUCAGGACUGCAAAGAAAGCGUAGACAUUGCUGGGAAGUUCUCACAACUUUUCUUGGAUGGUAAACAAGAUGAUAGUGCAGUUUCCUCUAGCAUGAAGUAUAGUGAAGUAACAGCAGUUGAGAUAUUUGACAAUCUGAGUGUGAAGCAGGAAGCAUGGAGGAAAGCCUUAGAUCUGGUUUUCCUGGUCUUACAAGCUGAUGCAGAGAUCAUCACAGGUACUGACCAAAAAACUGAUGGUGGACCAGAAAAUCUGCUGUUCUUAUGAUCUUCAUGCAGAUCUUGUGUAUUGACUGUUGGAAACUUUCUAAAUGUUUUGUUUUUUUUAUUUAGAAUACAAAAGUGUUUUUAAAAUGUUAAAUUUUUGGUACAAAGUGAAGUAGAAUAAAGUGUUUAUAUUUAUUAUCUUGUCAUCAUUUAAUAGCCACAUUUUCUUCUAAAUCCUAAAAUUAAUUUCUUAAUUUUAGUGAAGCGAUGCUACCUACUUGCUACCACUUGGGGGCGACAAAUGAUUAUAUGACACUAGUCAGUCUGCCUCUUCCAUCCAUGAAAUUAAGGUGUAAGGUAACGAACCCAGAACUAAGCUAUAAAUAAACAUAUGUUUUAGAGUUUAAAGUGUUA